AUGACGGCCCUGGAGAAGGACCACGCGUCGAAUAGGUUCGACAUCGACACUCUGAAGCGGCUCCAGCAGGACGCCUUCCAGGACAUCCUCAAGCUGAAGCAGCGCGGCUCCGGCAGCGCGUUCCGCGCGCGCUCCGUGUCCUCCGUCGGCGGCGCGGACGCCGGCGGGGGCACCUUCACGGGAUCGCUCACCAUGCGAUACGGCAUGUUCCCGUCGACGACCGCGGCGGAGACGACGCGGUUCGCGGUGCUCGAGGACGCCGGCCCGGCCUGCGAGGUCCGGAUCAAGGCGGACACCCGGGGGGGGUCUGAGGCGCCCCUGUACGCCUCGUUCGAGCUGGCGUCCGACUGGUUCGACCCCGACGUGCAGCUGCGGAAGGCGCUGGUGAAGCGCCGGACCGACCCGCACUUCGAGUUCACGUUCGCGCCGUUCCACGGCACGGCAGCCGACAUCAUGCCGACGCUGAACGCGAACGACGGCGCGGGUCUCACGUCGCUCGUCAAGCGCGGGUGCCCUCUGCACCACAUGGCGGCGGGAACCGGGCUCGGGUUCGGGGCGGGCGUCGGGGACACCGUGCACCUGUCGCUCGGGUUCCUGCAGCGGCAGGAGGAGAAGGACGACUACCUGACCGCGCCCGCGGACGCCGCGGGCUCCGACGAGGCGGGCGUGGUGUCGUCGCUGUUUGGGCAGGCGGCGUGCUUCCCGACGUCGUGGCUGGCGCUGUCCGUGGUCGGACUGACGCAGCAGAUCUCGGAGAACUACAAGGACACCAUGUCGGCGUCGUUCGUCCGUCGCGGCGUCGCCGAGCUCCUGCGGGCGGUGCGCAGGACCCCCCCCGCUGACGCGGGGGCGCUGGGGGGGAUGCUGCGGUCCAAGCUGGGGAUCUGCGCGGCCGUGCGGUCGGGGAACGCGAGCCUGUCCGGGUGGGGCGCGAUCGGGGGCGCGUACAGCCCGGACGGGACGCUGCUGUCGGACGGAAUCAACGGCAAGCCGGAAUUCGGACUCAAGUUUUCAGGUCUGAAUCCCGCAACGGGCGGAGGGUUCCAGGUCGGGGUCGGGAUGCGGCGGCCACCGCACGAGGAGAUGUUCCGCGACGACAAGACGUUGGAGAGCUGUCCGAAGCUGGUGGGCGAGGCGAGCAUGACGUUCCCGGUGCCGGGGGCCGGGGCGGACGUGACGAUGACGCCGGGGCUGGUGUUCUUCGUGGACGACGACACGCCGCGGUCGAUCAUGGUGCUCCAGAGCACGUGGGCGUUCUAG